CAUCCUCCUCGUUUUCCUCCUGCCCGGUUGCUUAGUAACGCCCGCGGUGGAGAGUACCUAGAGUGCGCGCUCCCGAGCCACGCGUCCGCGAGCGAGCAUCUGCAGCGUGCGCGCGCUUUACGCUUUUACACACCGGUCAAAAGAUAUGGACGUUCAUUUACAGUAAUAAUCAUCAUCAUCAAGAGCAUUAUCUUCAUCAUCGUCAUCUUCUUCAUCAUCAUCGUUGUGAAAAACUGCCCCGAGGAUCGCAGGAGGAAAAAUACAGCGCGCGGCGCGGAUGAGAUGGGAGCACGGUGAGCGCGAGACGGAGAGGUCCGGCAGGUGCAUAAUGGCAAUUGCACUGUAAAAAAAAAAGGUGGAGCUUCCCCAACCAAUGGCAUCAUCCAUACAAAAACCACCUGGCUGAGGGGCGGAGCUUAACAUAUAUCUGUGUGUGUAUUAGGAGGUGAGGAAGAACAUGGUGCGUGCGUGUGAGUAAGAGAUUGAUAGGCUGUUUAUGUGUGUGGACGUGUAAGUGUGUGUGUGUGUGGUGUGUGUGUGUGAGUGUGUGUGAGACCAUGUGGUACACACACCUGCUCUGGCGACCUCUGACCUUCGCCUUGGUUUCAUGGUUGCCAUGGUGGUACAUCUCCAUGGCGACGGCCGUGACCUUCCAGCCCACAGUGAACACUGCUCAGGGUCGUCUGCGCGGGAUGCGCGUUGCGGUGGCGACAGAAGGACUUCGCCCCGUGGACCAGUAUCUGGGCGUGCCUUUUGCAGCCCCGCCCACUGGAGUGAGGAGGUUUGCCGUCCCAGAACCCCCCGCGGCAUGGGGAGGCGUGCGUAAUGCCACACGGUUUGCUCCGGUGUGUCCUCAGAGCGCCCGUGGCAACGUGCAUGACAUCACCGCACCCGUGUGGGCGACCUUUAACCUUGACACCAUGGCAACGUACCUGCAGGAGCAGAGCGAAGACUGUCUCUACCUCAACCUGUAUGUCCCCACAAGGGAGAGGAGUGGGCCAAAGAGGACGGGUGAGGAGGCGGAGGAUGACGUGUUGCGUGAUGCACGUGAGGACCCGUGGCCUGUAAUGUUGUUUAUUCAUGGCGGCUCAUAUAUGGACGGAACAGGAAACAUCAUGGAUGGCAGUGUGUUAGCAAGUUACGGAAAUGUCAUCGUCAUCACACUUAACUACAGGAUAGGAGUGUUGGGAUUCCUGAGCACUGGUGAUCAGGCUGCUAAAGGAAAUUAUGGGUUGUUGGAUCAGAUUCAGGCCUUGCGUUGGAUCAGUAAGAAUAUUGGAUAUUUCGGAGGAGAUCCGGGUCGGGUCACCGUGUUUGGAUCCGGAAUUGGAGCAUCUUGUGUCAGUUUGCUGACUCUGUCUCAUCACUCAGAAGGACUGUUCCACAGAGCGAUUAUUCAGAGUGGAUCUGCGUUGUCCAGUUGGUCAGUGAAUUACCAGCCGGUGAAAUACACGCGCAUGUUGGCCGAGCGAGUGGGCUGUAACGUGCUCGACACACAUGACUUGGUGCUGUGUAUGCAGAAGCGGAGUUACAGGGAGCUGGUGGAGCAGGACAUCCAGCCUGCACGCUUCCACGUCGCCUUCGGGCCGGUGAUCGACGGUGACCUCAUCCCUGAUGACCCGGAAGUGUUAAUGGAGCAGGGCGAGUUCCUCAACUACGACAUCAUGCUGGGUGUCAACCAAGGAGAGGGACUUCGCUUUGUAGAGGGAGUGGUUGAGCCAGAGGAGGGCGGGGUUUCCGGAUCCGAUUUUGACUUCGCUGUUUCCGACUUCGUGGACGGUCUCUAUGGUUACCCGGAAGGCAAGGACACACUGCGUGAGACGAUAAAGUUCAUGUACACGGACUGGGCGGAUCGCGACAACCCAGAAACGCGACGCAAAACGCUCGUCGCCAUGUUUACGGAUCACCAGUGGGUGGAGCCUGCUAUGGUCACGGCUGAUCUGCACGCACGUUACGGGUCUCCGACGUUCUUCUACGCGUUUUAUCACCACUGCCAGAGUCCGAUGAAGCCGGCGUGGGCCGACUCCGCCCAUGGAGACGAGAUUCCUUACGUCUUUGGAAUUCCGCUCGUCGGACCCACCGAACUUUUCCCUUGCAAUUUUUCACGCAAUGACAUCAUGCUGAGUGCCGUAGUGAUGACGUAUUGGACCAACUUCGCCAAGACUGGAGACCCGAAUAAACCCAUCCCUCAGGACACAAAGUUCAUCCACACAAAAGCGAACCGGUUUGAGGAGGUGUCGUGGUCGAAGUACAGUCCUGAGGAUCAGCUCUACCUGCACAUCGGCCUCAAACCGCGAGUACGAGAUCAUUACCGCGCCACUAAAGUCGCUUUCUGGAAGCACCUGGUUCCUCACCUGUACAACCUAAACGACAUGUUCCACUACACCUCCACCACCACCACACGGGCCCCACCCCCACCGGCACAGGCCACGCCUACCGGACCACGCCCCCCCAGACGCCCCGGCCCACUGGUCAUCGCUAAUCCUCGCGACUAUUCCACCGAGCUCAGCGUCACCAUCGCCGUUGGUGCGUCGCUGCUUUUCCUCAACGUCCUGGCAUUCGCCGCACUCUAUUACCGCAAAGAUAAACGCAGCCGACAGGCCACACCCCCUCCACGUCAGCCGACACCCCCCCGUCACCAGUCUGUGCCCGUGUCCUGCGAGAAAGAUGCAAGAUCAUCCCCGAGGGAUUACACUCUGACGCUACGUCGCUCUCCGGACGACGUCCCGCUCAUGUCACCCGACUCGGUCGCCAUGACGCCCAACAGCGUGACCAUGAGUCCGGACUCUGUUUCCAUGACACCCAGCUCUCUGAUGGGCUUUCCCAGCAUGCACCCCUACAACACCUUUACACACGGAUACAACAACGCCGGCCUGCCGCACACACACUCCACAACCAGAGUAUAACAACACACACUAGAACUGGUUCAAACCCAUUUCAGCUUAACACACAUACACAAACACACACUCACACACACACACACACACACACACCUGUUUAUGGUUUAACCAGUUCAAACCAGCUAGGUACAAAUUCAGCUAAAUUGUUGAAAAAUAAAAUGUUUAAAUGUACAAAACAACUUAAGUGCCAAGAUGGAGGAUAAACGCAUCACUGAACCGUGACAUCAGCGUAGAUUAGCCGUAGAAACGCUUUCUUACAUCAUAUUACUUAUUUAUCGUGUGUUCACACUCAAUGUGGUGCAGAGUAUACACACAGUAUCUUAUGGAAUGUUUUUGUCUACAUUUUAUACAUAUUUACAAUUAUUCUAAUUAUGCUAAGCUACUUAAUUAGUUAUACUUCUCUAAAAACACAAUUUUUCUACCAAUGUUGCUAACAAAGCUAGCUAGCACUCUUAUUGACCUGUUCUUUAGACCUUCUUUUUGGUCUUGGCGAUGCUUAUUAAUUUGUAAUUAGCAGUGGGUGUGGGAGAGCGCCCCCUGUAGGUUAACGUGCUGUUAAAACCACUUUUCCGUUCACAUGCAUUACAUUAUAUUUACAAUUACUCUCACUAAACUGUCUGUUACGCUUUCCAAAAACAUUCUUAGUUGCAGACAGGGUUAGCUCACUAACCUUUAUUUACUUACACUGUCAUAUUUAGUCAUUGUUUUCCAAAACAUUUGGCUUCAACUGGUCUUCAUACAAUCCUCUGUGGGUUAGCAGUAACACCGGGAGAGCGCCCCCUGCAGGUUCUAUACUUCAAACUGCCAGAAUAAACCCAGAGUGAGCCGACAUCCACCAACAAGAACCAACACCUCGCUGAUAUGUUCUACCUGUGUGUGAUUGUAAGAAAGUUUUUAUAAUAUUAAUUUUGCUAAACAUUAAGUACACUGAUAACGGAGUAUUGGUGUCGGCGUUGAAUGGUGGUGUGUUUGGAGGAGGUUGCUUCUUGUCAGAGCUUUAUUGCUGUUACCUUCACUUAAAAAAGGAAGCGUCCAUUUGGUGGUGUUGUAAUGGAGAAUGUUGGUGUGUGAUGGAGAAUGUUGGUGUGUGUGAUGGUGAAUGUUGGUGUGUGAUGGAGAAUGUUGGUGUGUGUGAUGGAGAAUGUUGGUGUGUGUGAUGGUGAAUGUUGGUGUGUGUGAUGGUGAAUGUUGGUGUGUGUGAUGGAGAAUGUUGGUGUGUGUGAUGGAGAAUGUUGGUGUGUGUGAUGGUGAAUGUGGGUGUGUGUGAUGGAGAAUGUUGGUGUGUGAUGGUGAAUGUUGGUGUGUGUGAUGGUGAAUGUUGGUGUGUGAUGGAGAAUGUUGGUGUGUGUGAUGGAGAAUGUUGGUGUGUGUGAUGGUGAAUGUUGGUGUGUGUGAUGGUGAAUGUUGGUGUGUGAUGGUGAAUGUUGGUGUGUGUGAUGGUGAAUGUUGGUGUGUGAUGGAGAAUGUUGGUGUGUGUGAUGGAGAAUGUUGGUGUGUGAUGGUGAAUGUUGGUGUGUGUGAUGGUGAAUGUUGGUGUGUGAUGGAGAAUGUUGGUGUGUGUGAUGGAGAAUGUUGGUGUGUGUGAUGGAGAAUGUUGGUGUGUGAUGGAGAAUGUUGGUGUGUGAUGGAGAAUGUUGGUGUGUGAUGGAGAAUGUUGGUGUGUGAUGGUGAAUGUUGGUGUGUGUGAUGGUGAAUGUUGGUGUGUGAUGGAGAAUGUUGGUGUGUGAUGGUGAAUGUUGGUGUGUGAUGGAGAAUGUUGGUGUGUGUGAUGGAGAAUGUUGGUGUGUGUGAUGGAGAAUGUUGGUGUGUGUGAUGGAGAAUGUUGGUGUGUGAUGGAGAAUGUUGGUGUGUGAUGGAGAAUGUUGGUGUGUGAUGGAGAAUGUUGGUGUGUGAUGGUGAAUGUUGGUGUGUGUGAUGGAGAAUGUUGGUGUGUGAUGGAGAAUGUUGGUGUGUGAUGGUGAAUGUUGGUGUGUGUGAUGGAGAAUGUCGGUGUGUGAUGGAGAAUGUCGGUGUGUGAUGGUGAAUGUUGGUGUGUGUGAUGGUGAAUGUUGGUGUGUGAUGGUGAAUGUUGGUGUGUGAUGGUGAAUGUUGGUGUGUGUG